ACGUCGCGUCAUGACGUCACGACGCUGCCCCUGUUUGGUUUCCAGAGCCGCGCUGAAAGAGCCGUCAUGGAGACACAGAGCGGCGACUGCAACGUCAAACCGGACGAACAGCAGACAGGCGGCGGGAUAGAAGCGGACAGGUCCAGAUGCCACAGUGGGAGCGGAGACUCGGGCCGCGCGCCCCGCUGCCCUUUGACCCCGUCGAUAUCGCCGAGGAAGCAGCCCGCCAGCAAGUCCAAGACGGAGCCGCCGCUGCUGAGGACCAACAAGCGGACCAUCUACACGGCCGGCAGGCCGCCCUGGUACAACGUGACGGGGACCACCUUCAAGGAGGCCUUCGUCAUCGGUCUGUGUGGAGGAAGCGCUUCUGGGAAAACCACAGUAGCCAAUAAGAUCAUCGAGGCGCUGGACGUCCCCUGGGUGGUGCUGCUCUCCAUGGACUCCUUCUACAAGGUUCUGAACAAAGACGAGCAGGAGCUCGCGGCCAAAAACGAGUACAACUUCGAUCACCCCGACGCCUUCGACUUCGAGCUGCUGGUCUCCGUCCUCCGGAAGCUGAAGAAAGGGAAGAGCAUCAAGGUGCCGGUUUACGACUUCACGUCCCACUGCAGACGCAAAGAAUGGAAAAAGGUGUACGGGGCAAACGUUGUCAUCUUUGAGGGCAUCCUGGCCUUUGCCAACAAGGAGCUGCUAAAGCUGCUGGACAUGAAGGUGUUCGUGGACACGGACUCGGACGUCCGCCUCAUACGGAGGCUGAAGAGGGACAUCUCGCAGCGCGGGCGCAACAUCGGCGGCAUCAUCAAACAGUACAACAAGUUCGUGAAGCCGGCGUUCGAGCAGUACAUCGAACCCACGGUGCAGUCGGCCGACAUCGUGGUGCCCAGAGGUGGAGAGAACUUCGUGGCGCUGGAUCUGAUCGUUCAGCACGUUCACAGCCAGCUGGAGAAGCGUGAGAUCACUGUGAGGUCGGCUCUGGCCUCGGCUCACCAGGGACAGCCGUUACCCAGAACCCUCAGCGUCAUGCAGAGCACGCCGCAGGUCCACGGCAUGCACACCAUCAUCAGGAACAAGGACACAAACAGAGACGAGUUCAUCUUCUACUCAAAGCGACUGAUGAGGCUUCUCAUCGAGCAUGCGCUCUCCUUCCUGCCUCUCACGCCGGUAUCCGUGGAGAUGCCUCAGGGCGGCGUCUACGACGGCAAGCGUCUGAGCGGUAAACGAAUCACGGGCGUCUCCAUCCUGAGAGCCGGGGAGACGAUGGAGCCGGCUCUGAUGGCCGUGUGCAAAGACAUCCGACUGGGAAAGAUCCUGAUCCAAACCAACCACGACACCGGGGAGCCGGAGCUCCACUACCUCCGCCUGCCCAAGGACAUCAGCGAGGACUUCGUCUUCCUGAUGGACAGCACCGUGUCCACCGGGGCGGCCGCCCUCAUGGCCGUCAGGGUGCUGCUGGACCACGACGUGGCCGAGGACAAGAUCUUCCUGCUGUCCCUCCUGAUGGCGGAGACGGGCGUCCACUCGGUGGCGUACGCCUUCCCCGAGGUCCACAUCAUCACCACCGCCGUGGACAAGGAGGUCAACGACCAGUUCCACAUCAUCCCGGGUAUCGGUAAUUUCGGGGAUCGAUACUUCGGCACCGACGCUCCGUCGGACCAGUGAGGGAGGAGGAGGAAACGCUGAUGUGGCUUAAGGUUCGUAUUCAAGGACUCAAAUCUUUGGAUUUCUUUCAGUAAAUAAAUUAACGGACAGUUUAGCAGCUGAAAGUAAUGCUGUUACAGCGAAGACGUUUCAAAGGACCAACAAGACAAGUUUUUAUUUUGUUACAUUGUUUAUCAGAAGAACGUGUUCAUUUAAAAAAGGGUGAAUCCUUUUAGUUGUCA